UGGCCUCCCAAGUCAGAGCUGAGGAGUGAGGACUGGGGCUGGGAGAAGGGCCCUCCUUUGCACCAAGCAGGAUAUUAGUUCACCUGCCAAUUCAUCUUCAAGGGGAUGAACAACCAAUACAUCCGACGAGAAGUCUUUUGCUGUGAAACUUGUCACGAGCUCAAAAGCUUCUGGGAAAAAGAAAUUAGCAAACAGACUUACUACCGGGAGCUGGAGGAGGAUCGUCAGGGAAGGAGCGCCCUGAGGAAGCUCAGAGAAGGGUGGAAGCGGAGACUGGAGGAGAGACUGCAAAUGCUGGACCGUCCUGAGGAGAAGCCGCAGGAGACGAACACUGUGGGCUGACAGCCUCCUGCCUUCUCCACUUCACAGACAACAGGCCAAGGGCACUUUCUAGGAGAUAAACGGAUGCUCCCUUUCUGUCCACUUACUGAGCAGGACACUCAGUUUGCUCUCCCAUUUACAUGCGAGUCCUUCCUGUGCUCACGGAGGUUCCUAAGCAAGGCGUCCUCCCUGCAGGAGGAGGGUGACUGCCAAUGGGGUAGGAAGCUCUGGUGGUUUAAUACAAAAGCUCCUGGAACUAGCACUCCCCCCCGCUCCACAGAUCCACGCAGUGCAGCUAAUUUCCACAUUUCCUUCUCCUUGUGAAAGCUGACUGCCUUCUCCAAGCUGCCAGAGGGCAAUGAUCUUGAUGGGAAUCUGGCUUCCUGAGUCUUUUGGGAAAACAGUCAUAUAAUCUUUGCUUCCUGUCUCCCCUGUGUGUGAAGACAAAAAUGAAACCACUUACAGAAAUAAAGCA